UCUUACUUGGUCGGGUCCUGUGAUAACAUUGUAUUUUUGAUUCAGUUUCGUUUGUUCACAUUCAGCCAAAAUGUUAACAUGCACCGAUUGUGAAGAAAACUUCAAUUCAAAAGACACCCUCAAAAGACAUAAAUAUGAAAGGCAUUGUAAAAAAUGCACUAUCACCGUAACAGUUGAAGGUACGUUCAAUUUAGAUUCAAAUUUACAACUGCUGACUCUGGGCUUUCAGGAAUUUGCGAAAAGGUUAUAG